AUGACGAAGGAAAAGACGAGCGAAGAUGAAGACAUUGGCAAAAUUUACGAAUUAGCAAGUUCACUGGCAGUGCUGGUGUUCGAAGUGCCACCAAGUGUCCCGCUAUCUGGAAUCGAGCUUUACAAACAGUUUGUUUCAACAAAUCUGGGCACGCUCAUCAGCCAGCGACUUGUCGAAAACGAAGAUAAAAUAAGAUAUUUUGGAACGAUCGAAACUCCACCGAGUCUGCUAAUAACAGGAACGCGGCCGAGUUUGUACCGACUUGCGGAAGCAUGGAGAAACAGACUUUUAAAAGCCCCGGAGCAUACGAAGAUUUUAACUUACGGAAUGCUGGAAGGUCUAAGAAUGGAGUCAAUUCCUCAAAAAACACGAAUCGAGCUUCCCGAGCUGGUUCUGAUGGCGGUGGCUGACCUCAAUCACCAGAGCUUCCCUGCUCAUGCGGCCACAAUCCAGCAGCAUCUAACUGAGAAAUGUGACGAAAUGAUCAUCCCCUCAACAGCAUCAAUCGAAUAUUGCCUCACAAACUUGCUAAAAGCCAAGAAAAUCUACUCGCACAGUGGCGGCUUCAGAAUUGUCGUUCAAAAACCGACUCAAGAAACGAGCAAAGGAAGAAGAUCCUGCCCUCCACCAGAUUCUCUCAACAAGUCGUUUGAAGUCCACGAGGCGAAAACUCCGUCUAAACAGCAGAAAAACCGCCGCAAAACUGAGGGAGCUAAGCCAUCUUCUCCAAUCAAUUCGCCAAAAGAAAAGAACCAAAACUCUGGGAAUUUUUUCUCAUCUGGAUUCAAAAAGCUUCGCCGGACGAUGCGCAAGAAGAAAUCCAUCGAGACCUCCCCAGCUCAAAUAAAAUCGAUGAACCUGACAAAGCAAAACUCGGAUUCGGGAGUCGAGCUAAAUAAAAAUUCCAAUCCUUCCGGUACUUCUCUGACUUCAAGUCAAGUUCAGACCAAAUCUGAUGAGUCGACUAAUUAUCCAGUCUUGAGCCCGUCGCGAGCAUUUGACCUAGGCUACGAAAACCGAGCAGAACGACACUCGGUCAGACGAGCAAAUUACGCCAGUGAGUGUGAGUCAAUCGCCAGUUCCAGAGUCUCUUCGCGCGUCAAACAAAAACCAAAGUACCGAAAUGGACGAAGACGGCGAUCCAAAGGCGCACACGGGUCUAAGAGCUCUCGUUCUACGUCAAGACCAACAAGCGAAGAAGUCCGACCUGCGUCAGCUGUCCCAAGUUCAUAUGGUCCUCCGUCAGAGGCUCCGCCACCGUCGCGAGGCGACUCGACAGUAUUACUAGAUGCUGAGGUGGACCGCUUCAUGGAAAUUCCUCCAUUACAAGCUGCGUCAAUAAACACAAUCGACGAACAAGAUGUCGAUGGAAUUUCCAACGGUGCUCGUGCCAACAUGAACGCAAACAACAAUGACUCGAUUACAAUAAACGUCAAGGAUGAGAGUGGCAAUUCUAUUAGCGAAGAGCUCAGAUUCGACAAGGAGAAAUCUGACUUCCCUCCGCCUCCUGUACAAUUGCUCCGUCUUGAAUCAAGAAAUCAAAGCUACGCCGCAAGGCCGCAAUCUCGUGCUGCAUCUCGUGGUCCAAGCACUCCAAGAUAUGCGACAAAAACGCUUCCGCGUGAAAUAAAAAUCCUUGAAACUUCUCCCAACAGUCCGAAAUCGAUCAUUCCUGGUCAAGAGCCUUCAAAACUGCUUCCCAAGCCCCGUUCAAGCUCAGUAGGAAACGGACUGGAUGUUGCUCCACGAAGUUUCUCCCCGCCGGUACGCCGAAAAGACCUCAAACCAGACAAUUCUUCCUCAAGCUACAGUAAUCACAAUCGCAUGUACCGCUCCCAGACGCCAAACCCAAUCUCAAUGAUAACGGACCAGCUGAAACGAAAUCAAAUGCGGCGGAGCCAGACGCCGACUUUUGCGCUACUCUCAAAUUCAAGAGCUCAGAGCGUAGAUUUCGACGAUGAAGAGUAUCAAAAAUACACAAAAGCUGUUCGAAAGCAACCUGAACUCAUAAGAAAUCAAAGUACGCCGUCUGACUUGAGUCCACAAAAGCCAUCGCAAAAGUCAUCAACUCCAAAGGCGCCUGACCGAAAGUCACUGUCACAUUCGUCAAAGUCCACUUCGCAUUUGGAGCCGGCCCUGUCGCCGAUACCUCGCAGUAUGACUCCUGCACCACGAUCUUCGUCAUAUUUGAACAAAUCUGCGCCAACUCCUCGAUCGUCUUCAGUCGUUCCUUCAAGAAUGAUGACUGGUCACGAUCUGAGCCCAAGCACAAGAAUGACCCCUCAAAAACAAGGGUCGAGCUACAACCUUGAACUUCUAGAGCAGCUCUCCUUGACGCGCGAAGAAUGGGUCGAGUACUUCCGGACGAAGCGACUCCCUCCCCACGCCGAACUGGAGCUUGAAAAGCUCACAUCUCAAAAUGCGCAAAGGGUAUCCAAGCCGCUUUUCACUAAUCGAUCAACACCGUUUGUGACUAAACUCUAG